AUGGGCGGCAUGCUGAGCAACCAGGUGCCUGUGUCUGACGAGCGCAUGCAGCAGAUGAUCAAGAAGCUUAAGCUUACCGCCAAAGAUCUCAGUGUGCUCUACGGCAAAUUUUCUCGCUACGACAAAGAGAGCGGUACGAUCGACAGAACCGAAUUUUACGCCUCCAUCGACGAGAAACACUCGCAAUUCGGCGAUGCGAUCUUCGCCCUCAUCGACGAAGACAACAGCGGAGUCCUGGACUUUAGCGAGUAUGUCGAAGCUCUUGGGAAAUUCUGCCUCUUGAAUAAAGAGGACAUGCUCAAAUUUUGCUUCAACGUGUUCGACGAUGACAAAAACGGUACAAUUGAGGGUGAAGAGUUGACCAACCUGUUAGAAAUUUUACACGAAGACGAACAAACGAGUAACAUGAAGCAGGCACUCAAAACUUUCGAUUUCAACGGGGAUGGGAAGAUCGACUUUGCCGAGUUCAAGCAGCUCAAUUCGCAGUUUCCAAGUCUCUUGUAUCCUGCUUUUCGUAUCCAACAGAACAUGAAAAUUUUCACGCUCGGUGAGAAAUGGUGGCAGCGAAAGAUUGAGGAACUGACGUCCGAGCACACCGAGAAGCUCGCGCAACAAGCAGCAGUAGGAAAUGUUGAGGAUACGAGUGACGAGGCUCAGAGAGCGAGGAAGGGGGAGAUGGAGCGCACCGCCAAGCAGAAGCGACAACAGCAGGCGAGUCGUAUGCGACUGGGGUGUUUGUACUACACUUGCUGCCCAUGUCGACGGAACUAUUUCAUCGAGGACGAAGAGUCCAGCAACAGUGACAGCGACUCGGACGAAGAGGGAUCACGACGCAAGCAAAAGACAGCAGCCCCGAAAGGCAAGAAAAGUGGCAAGAAGCAGAACAUUGUCUCGGUUGGUCCUCGGAAGCCUCUUAGUCAAGAAGAACGUCUGGAACGAGCUCGGAAGCGAAGGUUGCGGGAUAUGCAGGAUCGACCCACUCGCAAGGACUGA